ACAUCUUAUUUAAUACUUCUCCCAAAUCGAAAUCACUUAAACUUUAUAAACCCUGAAAUCAUGGCGAUGGCACCGGCAAUGCAGACGACGUUCGUGUCAUCAACGAGCUUUCUGAAACAAGCGAGACCUUCUUCUUCUUCCUCGUGGGGACCGAACAAUGUGAUUCUUCCCAAAAACAAGAGAUCGUCUUCUUCAUCCGUAGUUGUGGCAGCCGUCGGUGAUGUCUCAGCCGACGGAACGAUAUACUUGAUCGGCGGAGCCAUCGCCGUCGCUCUCGUCGGAACUGCAUUCCCGAUCAUCUUCAAACGCCAAGACACGUGUCCGGAAUGUGACGGAGCAGGGUUUGUGAGGAAGGGAGGAGCCACUCUGAGGGCAAAUGCGGCACGCAAGGAUCUUCCUCAGAUCGUUUGCGCAAACUGCAAUGGACUCGGAAAGCUUAACCAGAUUGACAAAUCAUAAAUUCUGUAUAUUUCUAUCUUUUAAUGUAUGUAAAGAGAAAAAAAAAACUCGUCUUCAUUCCUCGAUCGUCUUCUCUGUAAUACUCUAUACAGUAAGAGAUUAUUCAGUUGUUCCCGAGAAGAUAGCUUGGAAUGAAUGAUCAAUGGUUUUGCUUAAUUGCUUAAAUGCUUGCUUUUGUUGUUAUAAGUUUCUUGUGAUAUAAGAAAUCUUCUGUGAGUCUGUGUUUUCCA